CUUUUAAUUUCAUUUCCUCUCUUUUGACGACGGAAACGAGGCACGAUCACACGCUGAACGCUUCCGCCCCGCCGCCACCUUCCCCGCUCUCCUCCCUCCGCUCGCCUCCGCUUCCGUUCCGCGCCCUGCCCCCGGAAGGCAAGCAAAGCCCUCGCUACUUGCGGAGCGUCGUUGGUCAAACCCUAGCACACGUACGAGCAGGCCAGCCCCGCCCGCUCCCAUUCCCAGGCCCUCAUCCAUGGCGGCGCUCUCCGUGCCCCUCCACGCCGCCGCCGGAUCCCGCGCCGCCGCGGCCGACCCCGUCAAGGUUCCGUGCGUGAGGAGCACUGGUUCAGCCCAUUUCGGCCGCGCCUUCCCCUCCGUCGCGGUCUCCUCUUUGGCUGCGAGGCACAUCGAGCCGAUGAGAGCGAUAGCUACACAGGCGCCCCCUGCCGUGCCACAAUAUUUGAGUGGCGAGAAGACAAAGAUCGGCAUCAACGGCUUUGGGCGGAUUGGCAGGUUGGUCCUGCGAAUUGCAACUAGCAGAGACGAUAUUGAAGUUGUGGCUGUGAAUGACCCUUUCGUUGAUGCUAAGUACAUGGCCUAUAUGUUCAAGUAUGACUCUACUCAUGGCCCGUUUAAAGGUUCUAUUUGUGUUGUGGAUGAUUCAACCCUGGAGAUCAAUGGGAAGAAGGUCACAAUUACAAGCAAAAGAGAUCCUGCAGAGAUUCCAUGGGGUAACUUUGGGGCUGAAUAUGUUGUUGAAUCUUCUGGUGUCUUUACAACGACUGAUAAAGCAUCAGCACACUUAAAGGGUGGUGCUAAGAAAGUGGUGAUAUCUGCACCAUCAGCAGAUGCUCCCAUGUUUGUAGUUGGAGUUAAUGAGAAUAGCUAUGAUUCGAAGAUGAAUGUUGUUUCUAAUGCAAGUUGCACCACCAACUGCCUUGCUCCACUUGCCAAGGUUGUACAUGAGGAAUUUGGCAUCGUGGAGGGCCUUAUGACAACUGUUCAUGCCACAACAGCCACCCAGAAGACCGUUGAUGGUCCUUCAAUGAAGGAUUGGAGAGGAGGACGUGGUGCUGGCCAAAACAUAAUUCCUAGCUCCACUGGUGCAGCAAAGGCUGUUGGAAAAGUUCUGCCUGAGCUGAAUGGAAAGCUCACUGGCAUGGCCUUCCGAGUUCCAACACCAAAUGUCUCUGUUGUGGACUUGACAUGCCGGAUUGAGAAAAACGCCUCCUAUGAUGAUGUGAAAGCAGCCAUCAAGGCGGCAUCAGAGGGUGCACUCAAAGGUAUUCUUGGCUACACAGACGAGGACGUUGUUUCCAAUGAUUUUGUUGGUGAUUCUAGGUCAAGCAUCUUUGAUGCCAAGGCUGGUAUCGGACUGAGCUCUUCUUUCAUGAAGCUUGUGUCUUGGUAUGACAACGAGUGGGGCUACAGCAACCGGGUUCUGGAUCUGAUCGCCCACAUGGCUCUCGUCAGUGCCGCCGCCAAGCUCUGAUGUCCGUACUCGUUUCUCCAGUAGUAGCUUAGAAAAAAAGACUGCAAUUUUGACGGCCAUUUUCUGUUAGCUGUUGUUUGGAAUAAGAUCAAAUGCUGGAACACUUCGAACUCGCGCGAGACUGGACUCAGAUCCAUGGCCUGUAUUUUAGUUGUAGAAGUGGGCAAAUUUGCACCGUAGUACCCUGGCAUGGUUAUAUGCGGAAUUGUUGAUUGAUGAGUCGUUGUACGGUUUGUCGACUUGAUGAUAUGUUGAUGUGGGAGCCCCUGAAUGAGGCGGUAUUAAUGGAAAUAUAGGAUGGCAAUGGCAA